CCUCACUGCACAGUUCUAGCCAAGCUAGACCUACUGACUGCUGAAUAACCUUCCAGAACAGGUGAAAACAUUAAAAUCUGCCCUCCUGAUUAAAAUGGGUUCUGAAGAAGAAAUAAAGCAUUAUGUAAAUGGAAAGAAUGAUAAUAUUGCUGUAUCAUAUCAGAAUUAUGGAUCCGAAGGCAAAUGCAGCGAGGACAAGAGGAAACCUGAAAAAAUGAAUAUGGUCAGUCCAUUAACAGUGUUUCGAUACUCUGACCGGCAGGAUAAACUCCUGAUGGCGCUGGGCACUACCAUGGCAGUACUCCAUGGAGCAAGCCUACCCCUUAUGAUGAUUGUCUUUGGUGACAUGACAGAUUCUUUUAUUGCUUCAGAAAACAUCACUUACCCAGCAAAUUUUUCUUUAUUGAACAGCACAUUGGUGAAUUUUUCCAUGGAAUUUUUUUCUUCUCUUAUUUUGGGAGAAUUGGAAGAAGAGAUGACCAGUGACAUCUCCAAGAUUAAUGAAGGAAUAGGGGAAAAAAUAGCAAUGUUCUUUCAGGCAGUGGCUACUUUUUUCACUGGAUUUAUAGUUGGUUUUACAAAAGGCUGGAAAUUAACACUUGUGAUCCUGGCACUCAGCCCUGUUCUGGGAUUCUCCUCAGCUCUCUGGGCAAAGAUAAUUUCCACAUUCACUAGCAAAGAGCUAACUGCAUAUGCAAAAGCAGGAGCUGUGGCAGAGGAAGUUCUGGCAGCAGUUCGAACUGUGGUAGCAUUUGGAGGACAGAGAAAAGAAACUGAAAGAUAUCAAAAAAAUUUGGAAGAUGCCAAACGUAUUGGUAUCCAGAAAGCUAUUUCAGCCAAUAUUUCCAUGGGUAUUUCUUUCUUUUUGAUAUAUGGAUCCUAUGCACUGGCCUUCUGGUAUGGAACCAUUUUGGUACUCUCUGAUGACUAUACAAUUGGAAAAGUCUUUACAGUCUUUUUUUCUAUAUUAGUUGGAUCUUUUAGUGUUGGACAGGCUGCACCAAGUAUGGAAGCAUUUGCCAAUGCGAGAGGAGCCGCCUAUGCAAUAUUUGGUAUUAUAGACAAUGAACCUCAAAUUGACAGUUCAUCCAAUGCUGGCUAUAAACCAGACAACAUUAAGGGGAAUUUGGAAUUCCAAAAUGUUUACUUCAGUUAUCCUGCUAGGCCAGAUAUUAAGAUACUGAAAGGCUUGAAUCUCAAGAUUAAUUGUGGCCAGACAGUAGCCCUGGUUGGUGGCAGCGGCUGUGGAAAAAGUACAACUGUUCAGCUCAUCCAGAGAUUUUACGACCCCAAGGAAGGCAUGAUUACCAUCGAUGGGCAGGAUCUGAAGAGCCUGAAUGUAAGAUAUCUGCGGGAGAUUAUUGGUGUGGUGAACCAGGAGCCCGUGCUGUUUGCUACAACUAUUGCAGAAAAUAUUCGUUACGGCCGCGAGGAUGUCACCAUGGAAGAAAUUGAAAAAGCUGCCAAGGAAGCUAAUGCUUAUGAUUUCAUCAUGAAGCUCCCCAAGAAGUUUGAAACUGUGGUUGGAGAAAGAGGGGCACAGAUGAGUGGAGGGCAGAAGCAGCGAAUAGCAAUUGCCCGUGCUCUGGUUCGCAAUCCUAAAAUUCUUCUGCUUGAUGAGGCAACAUCAGCUUUGGAUAAUGAGAGUGAAUCCGUUGUGCAGGCAGCGCUGGAUAAGAUCAGGAAGGGCUGCACUAUACUUGUUAUCGCUCAUCGUUUGUCAACAGUUCGAAACGCAGAUCUUAUAGCUGCAUUUGAACAUGGUGUCAUCACAGAACAGGGGACUCAUGAUGAACUGAUGGAACAGAAGGGAGUUUACUACAAACUUGUUAAUAUGCAGACAUCAGAAACUGAAGAUCAGUUACAGGGAGAAGACAGUAAUGCAUCAAGUGUCUCAGAAGGGGCACUGAAUGGAUCAGUACUGACUGGACAGAAAAGACAGUCCUCUCGGAAAAGCAUAAAAAGGUUCAGAAUGCGGAAUGAUGAGCUUGAUGAAAAAGCUGAUCAGCUUGAUAAAAAUAUACCUCCAUCUUCAUUUUUUAAAAUUAUGAAAUUGAAUAAAACUGAAUGGCCUUACUUUGUUGUCGGAACUUUAUGUGCAAUUAUCAAUGGGGCCUUACAACCUGUAUUUUCAGUCAUGAUUUCAGAUGUUAUAGGGAUGUUUGUGGAAAAAGGAAAGGCUGCUAUGAGAGAGACAAAUAGCACAUAUGCAUUGCUCUUUUUAAGUUUUGGAUUAAUUUCUUUUGUCACAUCUUUUCUUCAGGGUUUCACAUUUGGUAAAGCUGGAGAAAUCCUCAUAAUGAGGCUUCGAUCCAUGGCAUUUAGAGCAAUUCUGAGACAGGAGAUCAGCUGGUUUGAUGAGCCUACAAAUAGCACUGGAGAAUUAAUUACAAGACUUGCUAAUGAUGCCUCACAAGUGAAAGGAGCUACAGGUUCCAGACUGGCCUUAGUUGCCCAAAACAUAGCUAAUCUUGGGACUGGGAUUGUUUUGUCAUUGAUCUAUGGCUGGCAGUUGACUCUUCUGCUUUUAGCCAUCGUGCCAAUUAUUACUAUUACAGGAAUGAUUCAAAUGAAGAUGCUUGCUGGACAUGCAGAAAAAGAUAAAAAGGAACUAGAAACCUUAGGAGAGAUUGCUUCUGAAGCCAUAGAAAAUAUUCGAACUGUUGUUGCUUUGACUCGGGAAAGAAAAUUUGAGUACAUGUAUGGACAAAAUUUGCAGGUGUCAUACAGAAAUUCUGUAAGAAAGGCACAUAUCUUCGGAUUUACUUUUGCCUUUACACAAGCUAUUAUGUACUUCACUUAUGCUGGAUGUUUUAGAUUUGGUGCAUAUCUAAUAAAAAAUGGACAUAUGCAGUUUAAAGAUGUGCUUUUUGUGUUUUCAGCUAUCGUAUUUGGUGCAAUGGCAUUAGGACAAAGCACUUCUUUCACACCAGACUAUGCCAAAGCCAAGAUGUCAGCUGCUCACUUGUUUCUGUUGUUUGAAAGAGUACCAUUAAUAGACAGCUACAGUGAGGAAGGGGAGAAACCUAAAAUAUUUGGUGGAAACAUCACAUUCAAAGAUGUGGCAUUCAAAUACCCAACCCGCCCAGAGGUCAAAGUGCUCCAAGGCUUGAACACUGAAGUAGAAAAAGGACAAACUCUGGCCCUUGUUGGUAGCAGUGGCUGUGGGAAGAGCACUGUUAUUCAGCUGCUUGAGAGAUUCUAUGAUCCGCUCAGUGGAGAAGUGCUUCUGGAUGGCCGAAAUACAAAGACACUAAACAUCCAGUGGCUGAGAUCUCACAUUGGUAUCGUCUCACAAGAACCAAUCCUGUUUGACUGCACCAUCGCUGAAAACAUCGCAUAUGGGGACAACAGUCGGGAGGUGUCCCAUGAGGAAAUUGCUAGUGCUGCAAAAGCAGCCAAUAUUCAUUCCUUCAUUGAAUCACUACCAAAGAAAUAUAAUACACGUGUGGGAGACAAAGGAGUCCAGCUUUCUGGUGGCCAGAAGCAGCGCAUUGCUAUUGCCCGAGCUCUUGUACGGCAACCCCACAUCCUGCUGCUGGAUGAAGCCACCUCUGCACUGGAUACAGAAAGCGAAAAGAUUGUCCAGGAAGCACUGGAUAAAGCCAGAGAAGGCCGCACCUGCAUCAUGAUAGCUCACCGCCUGUCCACCAUCCAGAAUGCUGACAAGAUUGCUGUGAUCCAGAACGGCAAGAUCAUAGAGCAAGGGACUCAUCAGCAGCUUCUGGCUGAAAAAGGCUUCUACUAUUCACUGGUCAAUGUUCAAAGUGGGCCUCGUGUUGUAUGACAGUGGGCAGUGUCUGCUGAAGUGCAGGUGUACAGCUGGUUCAUUAUUUUGUGUGAAACUAGGUAGGGUAUUUCUGUACUUCUAGUUUGUUAAAAUUCUGUAAAUAGCUUCCUUAAAUUCCAUGACUAAUAAAAAAGUGUACCUCA